AUGGCAGCUGGGCUAGCCGCAGAUACUACCAGCGGCGCCGGUUCUUGCUCUGGUAGCGUAAUAGACACGUCCAGUGAAGCUAGUGACGGCGGAACUGGCAUGACACUUGGCAGAGGAGGGACAGCUAGACAUCGAGAGCUUCGCGAAACCAAAGUUGGCGGCUGGACAGGUGAUGCUGCCAGAGCGUUCGCUUCGGUCGUAGCUGCUCUUCCCAGCACAACAUCCUUCCAUGUUCGGCCGCCUACGGCGGUAGCAGGUUUGAGCGCACAUGCGACGCGUCUGGGGCUCUUAGGUGAGCACAGCGGCGUGGGAAUCAUCACAGCUCGUGGUGACGUUGGCGGUGGUGUGUCUGCGAUUACGUCUCAAAGGACAGCCUCGGCAGCCAUCAGCUUGGCUUAG